AUGCCAGGCGCGCGAAAGCACAAACUGCCCGAAGGCUAACAGUCGGUGAGUUUAGCAAAAAUAGAAACAGAGAUUUGUUCCUAUAGCUUCCAUGGCGAAGCAGAAGAAGCAACAAGUCAUUUCCCGCUUUUUCUCUCCAAAGGUUUCAACUUCAUCUUCAUCUCCAUCACCAGUUCAAACUCCAGCAUCUCCAUCGCCAAAGAUCUCCGCCGUCGUCUCUUUCUCUCCAGCCAAACGUCUCCAAAAUACCUUAAUCUCUAUCCCCAAUCCCAAACCUUCAAAAUCCCUAAAGCUUGACAAUGAAUGUUCCCAGCGUUCUGAACCAUCUAAAUGCCCCCAUCAUAACCUCUCCCCUCACACACAAAACCCUAUCCCUCCUCUUCCAAAUCCCACUCUUCAUCAGAGGUUUCUUCAGAAACUUCUCGAACCCCCCAAGGAGGAAACUAGAGAAUCAUUCUCUUCCAAUCAGAACUACACUCCUCUAGAGCAACAGAUUGUUGAUUUGAAGUCGAAGUACCCAGAUGUUCUUUUGAUGGUCGAAGUUGGUUACAGGUAUCGUUUCUUUGGUGAAGAUGCUGAAGCGGCGGCUAGAGUUUUGGGAAUAUACGCACAUAUGAAUCACAAUUUCUUGACUGCGAGUAUUCCAACCUUCCGGUUGAAUGUUCAUCUGAGGAGGCUAGUGGGUGCUGGAUACAAGGUGGGAGUUGUAAAGCAGACUGAAACUGCAGCGAUUAAGGCUCAUGGGUCUAACCGUUUGGGGCCAUUUUGUCGUGGAUUGUCCGCAUUGUACACAAAAGCCACGUUAGAGGCGUCUGAGGACAUCGAAGGCUCAGAAGAGGGUUGUGGGCAGUCUAAUAACUAUUUAGUUUGUGUGGUGGAGAAGGAGCUGGCUGUUGAGAAUGUAAAAUGUGGAACUGAGAAUGUGUUUGAUGUGAGAAUUGGGAUUGUGGCAGUGGAAAUUUCUACUGGAGAUGUUGUUCAUGGAGACUUCAAUGAUAAUUUUCUAAGGUCUGGACUUGAGGCCAUCAUUAUGAGUUUGUCUCCUGCUGAGUUAUUAAUUGGGAAUCCUCUCUCCAAACAGACAGAGAAGUUGUUGCUGGCGUAUGCUGGACCUGCAUCAAACAUCCGUGUGGAGCGCACCUCAAAAGACAGGUUCUGUGAUGGUGGGGCAUUAGCUGAAGUGCUUUCACUGUAUGAAACCGUGAAUGAUAAUACCUUAAUUGACCAUGAACAAGAAGAGAAUGGUCUAGAAGACCAAAGUUGUGAUCGUGCAGAAAUAAAGGAAAUCAUGGCUAUCUCAGAAUUGGCUAUCCAAGCAUUUGCUUUACUUGUUAACCACCUAAAACAAUUUGGUUUCGAACGAAUUCUGUGUUCUGGAGCUUCAUUUCGGCCCUUGACAAGCAAGAUGGAGAUGACUCUUUCUGCUAAUGCACUUCAACAGCUACAGAUCUUCAAAAAUAGUUCUGAUGGCUCGGAGUCGGGUUCCUUGAUGCAGUGUUUGAAUCACACUCUUACUAUAUUUGGAUCAAGGCUUCUUAGACACUGGAUAUCUCACCCUUUAUGUGAACAAAACUUGAUAUGUGCUCGUCUUGAUGCUGUAUCUGAGAUUGCUGAUUCUAUGGCUUCUUGUGGAGGAGCUUCAUAUAAAAUUUGCAAUGCUGACUUAGAUGAUUCAGACGUCAGAGUUGCGCAUCCCCGGCUUGGUUAUUUGCUCUCUUCGGUGUUAACCUCACUAGGAAGAUCGCUUGAUAUUCAGCGUGGAAUAACUAGAAUAUUUCAUCAAACUGCCAAUGUAUCAGAGUUUGUGACUGUUAUUCAAGCUAUUCUAGAUGCUGGGAAGCAGCUUCAACAGCUUCCUAUUGAAGAAAUGAAUGAAGGUGAGAAUGGGGCCAUUCACUCUGCCCUGUUGAAAAAGUUGAUUCUGGCAGCAUCUUCAUCCAGUUUAAUCAGCAAUGCAGCAACACUUUUAUCUUGCCUUAACAAAGAAGCUGCAUACAAGGGGGAUCUUCCAAACAUAUUUAUUACUUCCAGUGAACAAUUUCCAGAGGUUGAGAAAGCUCAAACAUCAAUUAAAGUGGUUGAAGGAAAAUUAAGUUCAUCAAUUGGUGCUUAUCGCAAGCAGCUUAAGAUGCGAAAUUUAGAGUUCAUAUGUGUCUCUGGAGUCACGCAUCUUAUCGAGAUUCCAUCAGAUGUAAAGGUACCUUCAAACUGGGUGAAGGUGAAUAGUACAAAAAAGACAGUACGUUACCAUCCUCCAGAAGUGCUUUCCACUUUGAACCAAUUAUCUUUAGCGAAAGAAGAGCUCGCUGCUGUCAGCCGUUCUGCUUGGGAAGCUUUUCUGAAGGCAUUUGGUAAAUACUAUGCUGAAUUUCAUUCUGCCAUUCAAGCACUGGCUACCUUGGACUGCUUACAUUCUCUUGCUUUUCUUUCAAGAAAUAAGAAUUAUGUCCGCCCCAUUUUUGUAAAGGAUACUGAUCCCGUGCAGAUACAAAUUUGUUCUGGUCGUAAUCCGAUUCUAGAGACUUUAAUACAUGACAGUGUUGUCCCAAAUGAUACACAUUUGCAUGCGGGUAAAGAAUGCUGUCAGAUAGUGACGGGUCCAAACAUGGGAGGGAAAAGUUGUUAUAUUCGUCAAGUUGGCCUCAUUUGUAUCAUGGCUCAGAUUGGUUCAUUUGUUCCAGCUGCCUCUGCAAAUCUGCAUGUACUUGAUGGCAUCUACACACGUAUUGGUGCAUCUGAUAGUAUUCAGAAAGGAAGGAGUACCUUCUUUGAGGAGCUGAGUGAGGCAUCCAGCAUAAUUCACAAUUGCACAGCCCGUUCUUUGGUCAUUAUCGAUGAACUUGGGAGAGGCACCAGUACCCAUGAUGGCGUAGCGAUUGCUUAUGCUACUUUACAUUAUCUUCUGCAGGAGAAAAAAUGCAUGAUACUCUUUGUCACCCAUUAUCCAAAGAUUGUAGAGAUUAAGAAUGAAUUUAUUGGUUCUGUUGCGGCAUACCAUGUUUCCUACAUGACAUCACAGAAUAAAAUGGAGAGCAAAGAACAGAAGGGUGAGAAAAUUAGUCAGGAAAUGGUUACCUACCUUUAUAAGCUUGUCCCUGGUGCCACAGAGAAGACAUUUGGACAUAAGGUCGCACAGCUUGCUCAGCUUCCCGAUUCAUGCAUUGAUCGAGCCGUUAUGAUGUCUGCAAGGAUGGAAAAACAAGCUGGCAUGAGAGGGAAAGAUCAUUUAGAAAUGCUGUUUAAAACAACAGAGGAAAGUGCAGUUAGCGAAGAAGAAGAUGAAGCAAAACCAAUCUACUCUUUCCAUGCUAGACCUGAUGAUGCCUUAGUUGAUAGUUACAUGGAUUUCUUUAGCAACAUUAACUCUGCUAUGAAAGAUGAUGAUUUUUCCAAGAGCUUGCACUUUCUGAAGAAUGCCCAAAAAAUAGGAAUCGAAUUGGUUCAGCAGGAAAAGAAAACUUGA